AUGACUCCCCGUCGUUCCUCUCGGGCUCGCACCUCCCAGCCCUCUCCUGCCCUUCUACAACACACCAACUCUUCGUCCAGCUCCUCAAACUCUCUAACUCGAGAGAGAAGCACUCGAUCGAAUCAUAAAAACCCUUCUCCUCACGAAUCGACCGGCCACCGCUCUCAGUCCAUCGAUGAUGCCGAGGGUGGUUCGAAAGACCCUCCACAUACGCGGCAGCGCCAGCGCGCUCACGACGACGACGAUCCACCCCGUGAAGAAGACGAGGAAGACCUUGAUGAUGAUGAGGAGGAAGUAACUAGAUGUCUCUGCGGUCAGCAAGAAUAUCCGGGAUUGCCUCCUUCUCGUCGCGAGGCCCUCGGUCGCGGCACCAUCAAGCUGGAGUCAGGACAAGUUCCCACUGACCCAUCUGAUCCCUUGUCAGAUGAGAUCGGGAGCAUGUUUAUCCAGUGUGACUUGUGUAAAGUCUGGCAACAUGGUGGUUGUGUUGGAAUCAUGGACGAGGCAACUAGUCCCGACGAAUAUUUCUGCGAGGAGUGCCGGAAGGAUUUGCAUAAGAUCCAAGACGAACCUCAUGGACAAUACUCCUCUACCUACCUACCUGUUGCACCAGAGCCAGUGCCGCCACCACCAGCUCCAGCUCCAGCCUCAGCUCCAGCCCCAACCCCAGCGCCUGCAGUGCCUGAGGUACCUGAUAUACCUGGAUCGCCAGUUGUGCCAGCUGUCCCAGUUGUUCCGGUGGUAGCACCGUCCCCGGGCCCGUCCUCUCGUGCCUCGUCGAGAGAUGUCUCCCGGCGUUCCAAGGAUCCCAAGUCACGGAGUAGCGAGAGCGCUGCCGCACACGCCAAGCGGCGAUCGACAAUGAACAGCAGGGACGCUGCCUACGACGAAGAAGAAUUGAUUCGACGUGCAAUUGAAGAGAGCAAGGCCGAGACCAAAAGCAAUGCGGAUGAAACGGACACACAUCUAGGCAAGCGAAGUCGAAGUGACAGUGUGACGAACAGAGAACGAGCCAAACGUCCGCGUACCACUUCACCUUCACCUAGCGCUGUCUCGAAACAUAGCAAUAAAGCAUCUCACCCGCCAUCUGAUGAUGAGACGAAACCAGGACCCGUUGUGAAUGGGCUCCGCAGGCAGCGAGCUACGUCUCGAGGUCAGAUCGAGAAAGAGACUGGGAAUGACGUCGAUGAGGGGGAGAAAGAGGCUCCUGAAACAGCGAAUCGUCGAAAAGAACGAUCAACCCGACGCAAAGGAGAUGGUAAGAGACACGGUCCCAAGAGUGCACAGUUGCCAUUUGCUGAUGCGGUCUCAACAGAAUCGGAGCACGAAAUCGGUUCGCCAACCAAGACAGCGCCGCCAGAGCCUGAGCCGUCCCAAGCAAGCCCCAACACCCCCACUCCGCAAGAGCCCACACCUGUUCGUCCAUCAACCCGCAAGUCCGGCCGACCUCCCGCUCGCCGCGGUCGUGUUGGACGAAACCAAUAUACGAAAGACCGGGACACCAACGGAAAUGGAGACGCCGGGUAUAUAGCAAACUCGCCGCGCCGCGGUCAGUCUCAUGAAAUUGGCGGGGACUCUCCUCGAGUCGGCUACGGCGGUCUUAAUGGAGCCCACAUGAAUGGAGGGGAGUCAGGACGGCCCAGCAAGCCGCGCCACAUGCACCCACAGCGAACAACGAUGAACGAGAUGAAGCGCCGAGUAGCAGCCAUCCUGGAGUUCAUCUCGCGCAUGCAAGUCGAGAUGGCCGCUGCUGGUGAAAAUUCCACGCCUACGGGCAACGGCGAUCGGGCCCAGGGCCUUCUCUUGAAGAGCAUGGUCGAUCAGAUCGACAGCGCCAUGCCAUCCACGCGCAGCGACGGCGGCGAUUCCGGCCCCGCAACCACAGACGGCAGCUACGGGGAGUCAUCGACGAACCAUGAAAAGGAUUUCAAGGAGCUUAGUAGCGUUGAGAUGAUGGAUGUGCUCACUCGCCAUCUGCUCAAGUGGCAGCAGGAGUACGGCAAAUUUGGAGAACGGUAG